AGAUGACCAGAGACUGCGGACACAGUACAGGAGAUGACCGGAGACUGCGGACAUAGUACAGGAGAUGACCAGUGACUGCGGACACAGUACAGGAGAUGACCAGAGACUGCGGACACAGUACAGGAGAAGACCAGAGACUGCGGACACAGUACAGGGAAUGACCAGAGACUGGGGACAUAGUACAGAUGACCAGAGACUGCCGACAUAGUACAGGGGAUGACCAGAGACUGCGGACAGAGUACAGGAGAUGACCAGAGACUGCGGAUAGGAGAUGACCAGAGACUGCGGAUACAGUACAGG